GAAAACCACCCAGGAUCACUCCAGCAGCACAGUCGCCAAAAGAACCCCGCCACCACGUGGCCAAAACCUCGAACAGCAAAACAGAAUCCCAUCAUGCUUUGCCCGCCGACGCCAAGAGCUACCGAUGCUAAGCUAACUGUCGUUAGCCACUGGGAGCGGACAUGUUGUACCAUUUGCUUCCUUGAAUAAACACCGCGUUUAGCCGGGAAUCAGGAGUUCGGAGGACGGCUCGUAGCGUCGGGCAAACAUGGAUGCCGUUAACGCCUUUAACCACGAGUUAUUCUCGCUGAUGGACUCCAAGCCUCCGAUCUCUCGGGCUAAGAUGAUCUCCAUCACCAAAUCGGCCAUCAAAGCUAUGAAACUCUACAAACAUGUGGUCCAAAUUGUAGAGAAGUUCAUCAAAAAGUGUAAGCCGGAGUACAAGGUAGCUGGCCUGUAUGUGGUGGAUUCCAUUGUUCGGCAGUCGAGGCACCAGUUUGGAUCCGACAAGGACGUGUUUGGCCCAAGGUUUACCAAAAAUAUUACAGGAACCUUUGAGAACCUCUGCCUUUGCCCAGUACAUGAGAGGAGUAAGAUUGUGCGGGUGUUGAAUCUAUGGCAAAAAAACAGGGUGUUCAAGAUCGAGGUUAUUCAGCCCCUCCUGGACAUGGCAGCGGGCUCCAGCAGCGCCGCUGCAUCCUGCGCAGGCUCAGAUGACCCAGGUUCUUCCCCACCUCCCGCCAAAGAGACAGUUUCUGGGGUAACCGGAAACUCCACCACAACAUCCUCUGUUCAGCUGCAAAACGCCGAUGCCUUUGCCGCUGUGGCACAACUCUUCCAGUCCACGCAGGGUCAGCAGCUUCAACAGAUGCUCCAGAACUUUCAGCAGCAGCCCGGGAUGCUAGACGCCGACGCUCAGCCUGCGGUCCAUGCCAGUCAAACACAGGCUCCAAACGUUACCUCUGGUCCGCCCGCGGUCGCCCAGCAACCGCCUCUUCUCAGCCAAGCUGCCCAAGCUGCCCAAGCCAUCCAGCAGAAAGCCGCCUUUGACAAGGUUGAAAAACUGCUGGACCGCUUUGACUAUGAUGAUGAACCAGAAGUUGGAGAAGAAACAAAGAAGGAUGAAUCUCAUGCCUCCUUUAUGCAACAGCCUCCAGCCUUCCAACAGCACUUUCAACAGCCAGGGAUGUUGCAAGACUUCUCACAGGUCCCUCUGCCUCCUAAUGGCCAGCUGCAGGCUUAUGGUUUACAGCCAGGACAAAGCUUCCCAGUUAUGAUGCCUCCUUUGGGUCACGCUUUGCCUGGGCAGCCCCUCCCCAGUUCUACUGGGCCUCCAGGCUUCCCAGGGCUGUACCCUCCCCCCAAUGCAGCCCAGCAACAACAGGAUUCAAUUGAUAUGGACCAUUCAUCAAUGAGGGAUGGCAGACAUGGCCGACGAUCGCACUCAGGCUCCAGAUCUCCAAAGCGAAGGAGGUCACGGUCUAAUUCCCGUACGCGGCGGUCCAGGCACAGGCGAUCGCGCUCCCACUCCAGAGACCGGCGACACCAUUCCCCACGCCCUCGCUCGCUGGAGCGCAGGGAGAGGGAGAAGGAGCGAGAGCGGCGGCAGAAAGGCCUUCCAGCACCCAAGAGCGAGACACUCAGCAUUUGCAGUACGACUCUCUGGGUGGGCCAGCUGGACAAGCGAACGCAACAGCACGAUGUUGCCUCCUUACUGGAAGAGUUUGGGGAAAUAGAGUCUAUAAAUAUGAUUCCUCCACGUGGCUGUGCCUACAUCCUCAUGAUAAAUAGGCAGGAUGCCUUCAAGGCUCUGCAGAAGCUCAGUAGAGGAUCUCACAAAGUGAACCAGAAAUCCAUCAAGAUUGCGUGGGCCUUGAACAAGGGCAUAAAGGCCGAGUUUAAACAGUACUGGGACGUGGAGCUGGGUGUGACCUACGUACCGUGGUCUAAAAUCCAAGAGGCUCAGUUGGAAGAGCUCAAAGAAGGAGGCAUCCUGGAUGUAGACACCUUAUCGCCAGAGUGGAGCGGAGUGAGGAAGUCUCUCGGCCUUCAGGAGGAACUGACCCACAACGGCCGCUCGGAGCUCCAGCAGCCGGAGGAAACACAAGUGCCACCUCCGGCUGCCGCGGCGGCUCCUCCUACACAGGUUCCUGCGAUGCAGCAGCCGAUGGUUGGUGUGGGUUCUCUCCAGCCCCCUGUUUUCCCCGGGCCCAUGGGCAUGCCUCCGCCUUCCUUCCCCCCGGGCAUCCCCCCUCCUCCGUUCAUCCGACCUGGCUUCAACCCCAUGCAGAUGCCUCCAGGUUACCCUCCCCCGGGGACCAUGCCCCUCGGCCCCCUUCCUCCCCCCAAAGGUGGCGUUGAAGACCCGUCUCUGGACCCGAUGGGUCUGGGCAACAGGAAAAAUGACGAGAUCCCAGAGGGUCCCAACAUCUUCAACAACCAGAUGGGACUCAUGGGUAACCAGUUGGGUGGACCUCCAGGUUCCCUCCCCGGUGCUCCUCCUGGAAACAUCCAACCCCCUCCUGGAGGUCUGCUUGGCGCACGGCCUGGUAUAAUUCCCCUCCAGCGUCCUCCGGUCCCCCCGCCACCGCACAUGCAGCGUUUCCCCCCACCCCACGGGCCACGGCCCCCUCACCACAACAUGCCACCUAUGCCCCCACAGAUGAUUGCAAGAGGGCCCCACCCUCAAAUGAUGCACCACGACCCGCCUCCGCUUAAAGGAGGCUUUGGAAUGAUGUCUCCCCACAAUAUGAGGGCUCCCUUCCCUCCGCAUGGGCAGGGCCCCCCUCCUCCGGGUCCUCCCCCUUUUAUCAGACCGGGGGGGCCUCGCGGCCUGGAGGGGCCAGAAGAAACGGAUGGUAGACCAUUCAGGGGAGACAGGCCUGCGUUCAGGGACAGAGAGCCAGAGCGGGACAGGGACUGGGACAGGGACAGAGAGCGGGACAGAGGUUUCGGAGGUGGAAGGCGUCCAUUUGGCGACGGAGGGAGGGGUGGGGGCGGGGACAGAAUGGAAGGGAGGGACCGACCCGGAGGAUGGCAAGAAGAUGGAGCAGGUCAACGUGGGGGAGGGUGGGAGAGGGACCGCGAUCGGGACAGAGACAGAGAUCGGGAGAGAGACCGCGAUCGAGACAGAGACAGACGCGACUGGAGGGACAAGAGGAACAGUCUGGAGAGCGACAGGGAGCGGGGGAGGAGCGACGAUGGGGAUAGGGACCGAGGGAGGGCAGAGGGAGGAGAACGGGGAAAGGUAGAAGGAGGGAGUCUAGACAGAGGGAAGAGAGCUGAGGGAAAAGAAGGGGACCGUCCGAGGCGGUCCGAGAGACGAGAGAGGACCACCCGCUGGGACAGGGACGAUCGAUUGGCGGACCUGGAAAACAAGGAAAGACUUCAGACCCCUAAUGCAACAGAGCAAACGCCUGUGACUCCUCUUGUAACCACGGAAACGGGCAAAGAACCAAGUGCGGAGGCUUCUGAAAAGAAGGCCGAUUCUGAACUUUUAACUCCAGAGGCCACAACCGCCGCAGAAGAGCGGACGCCUUCUGUGCCCUCGCCCUCAGCUCAAAGUGAGCCCACGGAAACAAAACAGGAAGCAGCAGCAGAGAUCGGCUCACUGCUCCUUCAGCCAUAGACUGCUGUCAACCACUGAAUGAUGAUUAUUAUUAUUAUUAUUAUAAAUAUUUUUUUUUUUUUAUAAAAGGUCUUUUUCACAAUGAUCGGCGUCCUCAUCUCCUGGCAUAAGUUUUCGAUAAUGUUUGCCAGUGGGUGAUUGAACCUUUACGAACCACCGUCUCCCAGACGUGUUGUCAAACGUAUGUAAAUGGCUCUUUUCAGAAAUACUUGUUUAUGGUCAAAUCUGGCUUCGCAUCUCCUUCUGGGAACAUGACCACGUGAAAAUCAUUUAGGUUAAAUCGUUGUAGUUAAACUUGUUAAUUUUCCCUGCAGGAUGAAAGAACGAACGGAGUGUUUGCAUGUUGUCCUUUCUAGGUUAAUUGAGCGUAGCUUUUAUGUUUUUAAGUCGACAGUGAAAACAUAUUUAGUUCUAUGACACAAAUGUAUUUUUUACUUCAUUGCCUUAUCUGCGAGAUAGCAGGCCCUCCUCAACCAGGUGAAUAUGUUCAUUUUAAAACUUCAAGUCGAACACUGAAUAUCUUCCCCUCAAACAAACAAUUUACUUCAUUUUCUCUUGUUUUCAUGUCAUCUUGUGCUUCAUAUCCGCCCUGUCCAACCGCCUGUAAUGCACAGCAUUGAAAGGCCAAUCAAGUACGUUGUAGGUGUAUUGAAUUAGGAAGGAAAAGUACAUAGACGUGUUGGUAAAUCCCUCCAAGAAUUAGGUUUGCUACUUUGCUGACACCAAUUUUGAUUAUGUCCCGGCUUUUUAUUCUUUGAAACACUUUUUAUUUCAGGUAGAAUAUUGUCUUGGUUAUACCUGCUGCUUGGGUAUGUAUAAUACAUGGUUUUUAUUGAAAUUGUUAUGUCUACCACUUGUAUUGGAACAGAAAUGUUGCCCAAACACACACAUCAUCAUAAGACUUCGGGAAUCGAGAAUGCUUCCCAGUCAUUUAUUAUGCGGUUCUUAUCCAGCUUUCACUAAUGGUCUUUUAAUUCUUUGUGUGUGUGUGUGUAUGUAUGUAUGUAUGUAUGUAUGUAUGUAUGUAUAUAUAUAUAUAUAUAUAUAUAUAUCUUUUUUUUGGCAAAACAUUAAACAUUGUGGGGACUCGGAACCUAGGACUUUUAACGGUGGCAUAUUCAGAAAAUCCAAUUAGGCAUUUUGACGUAACAUGGACAAAAACAAGUUCAAUUCGGGUCAUGAUGAUACCGUAUAGAUCUCCCCUGUAAAAUUGUGGUUGUAAAGAAAUCAGAUGUUAUAUAGAUAUUGGUACGCAUAAAUAAGGAAGAGUGAUCCUAUUUACAAUAACUUUGCACCCUGUUCAAAAACUGCCGAAAACUAAAGUAAAAACAAGAAGAAAUGAGAUCUUUUGUCCUGGCGUCCUGGCUUCUGUUUAAUGUUUUGACAAGUACUUUUCAGAACUAACAUCAACGUCACAAAGGACAUCACAUCACAAAGGAAGUAUAUUUCUAUUGGCAUUUCAGUGAACUUCAUGUCUCUUUCACUGCAGAGCAGCUUUAACUGAAAUUACAGCUUCAAGAUCAGAUUCUACAAAUUCAGCCCUUUCUAAAAUCUAUUUACCAAAUACUAAGGAGACGGAAUGAAGAGAUUUGCUUGCGACACGCUGCUGUAAAUAUGCUUGUAUCACUGACGAUUCAGAACUGUAUUUGUUGUUCAUGAUCUGUGAUGCGUUUAUGGUGGAGGAGGAAAUUGACUGGGAAGGAACAACGAAGAAGUCUUGCUUUAACAUUUUUCCUGAGGGUUUAGAAGGGUUCAGAUGUUUCUAUGAUUGGUUAGUAACACAAAAACACAUGGGCAUAAUACCUCCAAAAUUUCAGCCAGAGGAAAGUGUUUUUAAUAAACUAUUUUUGUACCAAAUA